CACUGGGCCUCUCCCCCGCAGUGUUCGAGCAGUACCAGAAAGCCCGGACCCAGUUCGUGCAGAUGGUGGCGGAGCUGGCGACCAGACCCCAAAACAUCGAAACGCUGCAGAAUGCGGGUGUGAUGUCUUUGCUGCGGCCUCUUCUUCUGGAUGUGGUCCCAACAAUUCAACAGACUGCAGCUUUGGCUCUUGGGAGACUGGCCAAUUAUAAUGAUGACCUAGCAGAAGCAGUUGUGAAGGGUGACAUUCUUCCACAGCUUGUUUAUUCAUUGGCAGAACAGAAUCGGUUUUACAAGAAAGCAGCUGCCUUUGUGUUACGAGCAGUUGGUAAACAUUCUCCUCAGCUAGCUCAGGCAAUAGUUGAUUGUGGAGCACUGGACACGCUGGUGAUAUGCUUGGAAGAUUUUGACCCUGGAGUCAAGGAGGCUGCAGUCUGGGCAAUUGGAUAUAUUGCAAGACAUAAUGCAGAACUGUCACAAGCUGUGGUGGAUGCGGGAGCUGUUCCUCUUUUAGUACUCUGUAUCCAGGAGCCAGAAAUUGCUUUGAAAAGGAUUGCUGCUUCAGCCCUCAGUGAUAUUUCAAAGCAUUCUCCAGAGUUAGCACAGACAGUAGUGGAUGCAGGGGCUAUUGCUCACUUAGCCCAGAUGAUCCUCAACCCUGAUUCUAAAUUGAAGCGUCAGGUUCUUUCAGCUCUCAGUCAGGUUGCAAAACAUUCUGUGGAUCUGGCAGAAAUGGUCGUUGAAGCAGAGAUUUUUCCAGUUGUACUUACCUGUCUGAAGGACAAAGAUGAAUACGUGAAGAAAAAUGCUUGUACUUUAAUUAGAGAGAUUGCAAAACAUACACCUGAGCUUUCACAGCUGAUAGUGAACGCAGGAGGAGUUGCUGCUGUGAUCGAUUGCAUCGGGUCCUGCAAGGGGAAUAUAAGGCUGCCUGGCAUCAUGAUGCUUGGUUAUGUGGCGGCUCAUUCUGAGAACCUAGCAAUGGCAGUGAUCAUUUCCAAGGGUGUACCCCAGUUGUCAAUCUGCUUGUCAGAAGAGCCAGAAGAUCAUAUUAAGGCUGCUGCUGCUUGGGCCUUAGGACAGAUCGGGAGGCACACUCCUGAACACGCACGGGCUGUUGCAGUCACAAAUACUUUGCCAGUUCUGCUUGCUUUGUACAUGUCAGCAGAAAGUUCUGAGGAUCUUCAAGUAAAAAGUAAAAAAGCCAUAAAGAAUAUCCUGCAAAAAUGCACUUACCUACCAGCCCUUGAACCAUUUCUAUAUGAUGCUCCUCCCAAUAUUCUGAAGCAUGUUGUUGGACAGUUUAGUAAGGUGCUGCCGCAUGAUAGCAAAGCUCGGCGACUCUUUGUGACAAGUGGUGGACUUAAAAAGGUUCAAGAGAUAAAAGCAGAACCUGGUUCUCUCCUUCAAGAAUACAUCCACAGUAUUAACAAUUGUUACCCAGAGGAAAUAGUAAGGUAUUAUUCCCCUGGAUAUUCAGAUACACUUCUGCAGAGGGUGGACAGCUAUCAACCACUUAUUAACUAAGCAAGUUAUAUUUUUACACUCAAAUUCACAGCAGAAUAGUUAUGAAUAACAGUUGUUAAAGCUCUUUCUAAAUAUUUGAACUAAGUACAUUCUAGAUUUAUUCAGUGUGAAAUACCUUUAGAUGAUAUUGUCUAAAUUUAUGUAAUACUUUAAAAAUUAGUAGCUUGACUAUAUGAGGAGAACUAUUCAUGGUCAUUUGCUAGCAUAGGAUUUGCUCUAAAGGUAGAUUUAAAAGAGACAUUAAAGAAUUUUAAGGCAUUUGUUAUUCUAUUAAGUGUCCCCCUGCAACUAGAUAUAGAUAAGAGAUGAUAUUCAAAAACCCUUAGUUAUUUUGGCCAAUUCUUCAUAGUCAUAGAGGAAAAUUGGCUUUGCAAAUUACACAGUAAGAUAUAGAAGGGAAAUUAUUGAAAGAGGAAACUGAUGACAAGAAUACAGAACACUUGGAAAGGGAUUCUGAUGCUGGUUACAUGAAGGCAUUAACCUAACACACAGACUCGGUGGGUAACCCAUCAGGUUUUCCUAAAAAUUUAGGAAGGCUCUCCUCCUUCUCACAGGUUUUCUCCACCCUACCUAAAGUUCUUUUCCUCUGGAACUAGAGAGGUAAAAGUCAGCACUGAGCCUUAUACUCCUGCAGACAUGCUUUCCCUCUCAUUGAAAGGUUUCUUAGUCUAGCUCUGCUCAUGAAUAAACAAGAAAGCAGGCACGUAAAAUAGGUCCUUAGUAUUCCCUUUUCCUAGCUUCACCAUCCCAGAAGUGACAUUUUCUGAGACUUAAGGGAUAAUUUGAAAAGAAUACCAUCAGGCUCAAACUUUUACAUGCAUUUUCACUUGGGAAGCUGUAAUGUGGUGGAAGGGGGGGUUUCAAUAAAAUUUUAAAUGAAAACAGCA